UCUUUGACUCUAUAUCAAAUAACUUAUGUGUAUCCGUUUACACACUAUAUAUGCUUUGCAGCCCCUUUAAUUUGUUUUACCAUUUCACUAAAUUAAAAAUAAUGACUGCAUUAUUACCUUCUUCAUCUUCUCUUAUAACCUUUGUCUCUUUUAUUAUUCUUGCCUUUUCACCACCCUCUCUUCCCGCGCCGGCGCCCGCCGAUGUCCUUCACGGGAUAUACGCCGGGUGCUCCAUGCGCAAGUUCUCCCCCGGCUCGCCCUUCGAGUCAAACCUCAACUCGCUACUCGCCUCCCUGGUCAACUCGGCCUCGAACUCGUCUUACAACAACUUCACCGCGGCGGGGCCCACAGGCCAGGCCGCGGAUGUGGUCCGCGGCCUGUACCAGUGCCGCGGCGACCUGUCCGCGUCCGACUGCGCGGCCUGCGUGUCGGGCACGGUCCCGCAGUUCCCCCACUUCUGCCCCUCCGCGACUGGGGGUGUCCUACAGAUGGAGGGGUGCCUGGUGAAGUACGACAACGCGGACUUCAUCGGCAUGGAGGACAAGACGGUGGUGUACAAGAGCUGCGGGAGGCCCGACGCGGCGGCGGGGGCCCGCGUCGACGCCGUGCUGGGGAGCCUGAGGGGCCCCAGUGGGGUCCACGGGGGGGUCGAUCAGGCGCUCGGGGUAUCGCAGUGCGUUGGGGAUCUGAGCUACGACGAGUGCCAGGAUUGCUUGGGGGAGGCGAUCGGACGGCUGAGGUCGGAGUGCAAUGGGACCGCCGUGUCCGGUGACAUGUUCUUGGGCAAAUGUUACGCUAGAGAGGAGCCUCUGAACAUUCAACAUCAACAACCGCCUUCAUUUCUUCACCUAACACAAAUGGCGUUGGAGUGGGUUGUGCUAGGCUACGCCGCCGGGGCGGAGGCGAUCAUGGUGCUCCUCCUCACCCUCCCGGGUCUUAACCCGAUCCGAAAGGGUCUCAUCAGCGUAACCCAGAGCAUGCUGAAGCCUCUAUCUUCCAUCGUCCCCUUCGGCUUGUUCCUGAUGAUGGACAUCUACUACAAGUACGAGACCCGACCCGUCUGUGAAUCGCCGGAGGCUUGCUCCCCUUCGGAGCACCUCCGAUUCCACAAGUCGAUCAUCAAGUCUGAGCGGAACGCCCUUCUCAUCGCCUCCGCGCUCUUCUUCUACUGGAUGCUCUACUCCGUCACCAACCUUCUCGUCCGCAUCGAUCAACUCCAACAGCGCCUGGAGAAAUUGAGGAACCAGGAUUGAUUGCUUCGGGUCUCGCGGCGGAUCGGGUCGAUUUGCCCACUUUAGGGUUUCGGAUCAGAUAAGCCCCCUUUUUUGUGCGAUGUUACUGUUUCUAUAUCUUCUUGGACUUCUCCUUCUGCUUUUUUAUCUGCUUUUGUGUGUUCUUAUUUCCCGAUUAUUUAGAAGUUGGGAUCGAAUUUGGACAUGAAUACGUUUGAGUCUUUUCUUUCUUGAUCUGGUGCCAUUUCUAUUCACAGUAUUCUAAAUAUUCUGUGACUAAAUUCAUAAGGUUCUUGCAAUCAAAAUAUGAAUUUUGGGAGACAUGAGAGUUUACCAAAAUGAAAGAUUUAGCCCUUCUUUGGGAACAACGCUUUUGAUUAGCGUUAGCGUUUUAGAUAAAAUUUAAGUGUGUAGAUUAAUUCUGAAAACGCCAAUACUAAUGGCUACUGUCGGAUAACCUUUUCAAAACGCUAAGUGUUGUAAGAAUUGAUGUGUAAAAGAACUGAGUUGUAACUUGCAAGUCCUCUGUAAAAUCUAUCCUUAAACUUUACACAGAGGAGAGAGCCUUUUUACUGAGCUAUAUACUCCUUGCUCCAUGGGAAUCAAUCUGCUUCAGGAAAAUGAAUGUUACUCUUUGACGAAAAGAGGGAGCCAUAUUCAAGAAAUGUUCAAAGAAACAAGGAAAAUAUUUUGUUUUGGGGAAAUGAUUUUUGGUCCAGUGAUUUCCUGUGUGUAGCACCAAAGAAUCCAGAAAGUUUUUUUUUCCUUCCACACUUAUCAUGGAGCAGAGUAUAAUGCCAAUUUCAUUGGAAGAUGGAUACCAAUAAGUAGUUAUGAAAACAAAUUUACCUGUGUAAUAAAGAGUUGGCUUUUUG